UAAAUUUACCCUUUUUAGCAAGUUUGAUAAUUCAAGAAAGAAAUGGCAAAAGCUUCUCUGAUCAUCCUUGUUUCUUUGGCUAUUUGCAUUUCAUCUUCACUCAACCUUGUUUAUGGAGAAGCAUCCGAUCGAAACAAGUUCACCGUCAUAGGUCGUGUUUAUUGUGAUACUUGUCGUGUUGAAUUUGAGACUAGCUUAAGUGAACCUAUCCCUGGUGCAGUAGUGAAAUUAGAAUGUAAGAAUCGCACCGAUGAAAAAACUACUUUUCAAAGCCCAGAAAUAACAACUGAUAAUAUAGGAGACUACAAAAUUGAAGUCACAGGGGAUUAUGAGGACUCAGACUGUGAUGUCACCUUGGUGAAGAGUCCCCGAGCAGAUUGUAAUGAUCCCACAGAAGCGUGGAGGAAAGCCAGGGUGGUUCUCACCGCGUUGGAUGGUGUUACCGGCCAAAUUCGCUUUGCCAACAAUCUUGGGUUUAAAAGGAAAGAUGCUCUUCCAGGUUGUAAAAAAGUUCUUACAGACAUGGGUUAUUUUGAGCUUAAGAAUGAACUUGGAAACGAAUUCGUGUGACAACUUAUGGAAAUUUAUAGUACGUAUUUAUUCUAAA